AUGUCCUCUCCCGUCUCACAACUCGAAACGCUCCAAAAGAAUUCCGAAUUCGUCUUUCUGGUCUGUACAGGCCAUUGGUGUCCCUUUUGCCUCAACUACAUCAAAUCCCUCGCCAGCAUCGGCCCCUCCAUCAAAGCCGCCGGUGGACAACCUAUCAUCAUCACCGCAAAAGAGAGCCCCGAGUUGGUUAAGAUCGUGAGGGAGAAGACGGGAUACACAGACGCGGCCAUCGUCGACCCGAAGCAUGAAAUCGCCAAUAGCUUGAGGGCACGAGGGCUCCUUGAUCUCACAAUCACUGAGAAAAAAGGCUAUUCGCAGGGAAUGGUUCAGCCUGGUGCUUUGGUGCUGGGGAAGGAAGGAGAGGUGAUGUAUGCCUGGGCGAGUCGGCCGAGUUUGAGCAAUCUUGGAGGUGCUAAGGAUCGACCUUUGCUGGAGCAGGUUUGGGGCGAUGUCGAGGCGGUGAUGCAGGGGAGGGAGAGGGUACACGGUGGUGUGUAUGGGAAACAGACGUUUUUGCAGGGCAUUGGGAUGAAGUUGUUUGGAUGA